CUUCUACUAGGUUAAAGAAAGAGUACUUCUCUUUGUCAGCAAGGAACUGGACUUUUCGCUUUAGCCCAGUUUAAGAUUAUGUAAAUGCUGCUGUCUGUAAACUUCUUAUUCAGAGAUAUAGUACAGUGAAGUUAAUUCUCAAAAUAGAAAUUAUUAGCAUCUUUUUAUAAGGCCAGGAAUAUUUUGUUUUCUAGAGUGUAUCUUUAUAAAUACAGUAUAAAUUUUCAUCUAUGUUGGGGUUAUAGGUUUAUAUAUGCAAAUUUUCACAUAAGCCAGUGAAUUUUCUCUUUUUAUCCUUUUUCUUUUUUAAAAAAAAACUUUUCACUUAGUAAAAUUGCUGAAGCAUUGAUAGUUUUCUUGUACAGUUUUAUAUAAUUGCAAAUGGACUAUUUUUUGAAAUGCAUUUUAGUUUCAUUAAAAAAAUGAAACAACUUAAUGAUGUUAAUCCAUUGCUUAUAUAAUCAUUUCAUUGUUAAAAAUAUUGCUACUAUUGCUCAGUAUUGAAAACACAUUAAUACACCUAACUCUGGGAUUUAUUCCUGGUUUGAUUUUUGAGCUCUUAUUGUCACUUAUGUUGCAAUCUUGACAUUACAACUCACUUUCAUGCUUAAAAAAUUGACUUCACAAUUUUAUCAGCCACUUCAAUCCCAUGAGUAGAUGAAGUAAAUAAUACAAGACACGAUGAGAGAGCUUGAAAAUUUGGUACCUUCUUAUUUGAUGGGCUUUGGCUUUCACUAUCUGCAAGAUCUCUCAGUAUUUCUGCCUGAGGUCAGAUGAUAGUGUUACAUUCUGUUUUCCUUCUUGGUUGUCUCAGGUUUAGGUUUUUCUGCUUUGCAAAGAAGAGGAGACCUCUCUACCUUAUAAAGUGGCUGGGCCAAGUGUUUUAUACCUGCUGUAGUGUACAUAUUCUAAAGAACAAGUAUUUGUUAUAAGUUUCUUGUCCAAGUUCCUUCAAUCUAAAUUUCCUUUUGCUAUAUACUUGGCUUUUUUGUCAGUGGAAACUCGAGGCUUUGCAUCUGUAUUAGAAGUCUAAGCAUAAGGAACUUCUUUUUCUAACAUGUUAUAAACAGUUGAUGGUUCUGAUUUUUUUUUUUUUGUGAAAUCACAGAAUUAAUGGUUUGGGCUGCAGGAGACCUCUAAAGAUCACCUUGUCCACUCUUGCCAUGGAUGGGAAUACAUUUCAUUACAUUGUGUUAAUAAAAGCACUAUCCAGCCUGCUCUUGAAUACUUUCAGGGAUGGAGGAUCCACAACUUCUCUGGGCAACCUGCUCUAACCAUCUUUCUAGUAACGAAUUUGUCCUCAUGUUUUAGUCUAAAAGAAUUAUACCUUGUGCUGCCUCUGCAGGUGUAAAGUUUUUCUUCCUUUUCUUAUCAGCUCCUCUGUAUAUUGAAACACUACAGUAACAUGUCCUUACAGCCUUCUCCAGGCUGAGCAACCACGGAUUGCAGCCAGUCGCCUUUGCAGGAGGUGCUCAAGCACUAUGACCAUCUUCAUGGCCCUCCUCUGGACCUCCUUAACAGCUCUGCAUCUUUUCUUGUGCUGGGGUUCUCAAACCUGGGUGUGAUAUUCUAGUUGAGGUCUCAGAAGGUCAAAUAAGAGUGAGACAACAAAUUCUCUCAAUGUGCUGGAUGUAAUAACUUCUUUAAAUACAGCCGAUAAUAUACAUAUGUAUGACUGACUUUCUGGGCUGCAAGCCCAGAACAUUGCUGGUUCAUAUCCAAUUUUUCAUCAGCCACUGUCUUCAAGUUCUCUCUACAGGGCUGCUCUCAAUCAAUUUAUCCUCAAGUCUGUGCAGGUAUUGGGGAUUGCCCUGACCCAGAUGCGCAGGAUCUGCUGAACUUUGUGAGGUUCACAUGGAUGUAUUUAUUGUGUAAUUGUCCCUGUCUAUAGCAUCCUUUUCCUUUAGAGUAUCAUCUGCAAACUUACUGGGGAUGCACUCAAUCCCUAUCAUUCAUGAAAAUGCCUUAUGGAGUUACUCCCUGUACAGACUCAUGAGGGACAGCACUUGUUCCUGGUUUCAGUUUGGACACUGAAUUGUUGACUCUGACUCCUUGGAUGUAUACAUCCAGCCAAUCCCUUAUUCAUCCAACAAAUACGUAUUUCUCCAAUUUGAAGGCAAGAGUGUCUGAGGAGAGGGGCAUAUCAAGGCCUUAUGGAAGAUUCUGUCCCCCUAGUGGACCUUUCUGCCAUAAGAACACUGGGUUGUAUUUUCAGCCUCUGUUUGAAAGUGAUCUGAGUUUCAGUUUCUUAGAAACUUGCUUCUGGACCUUCAGACAGUAUCUGUAAAACCUCUGCAGAGCUAUUCUGCUUCUCUUCCUGCUAAUUUUCCAACAUAGAUUUUGGAGAAAUCAAGAUUCAUGCAAUAAGAAUUAGUUGCUGUGAGCUUAAGCCAAUCAAGUGUAGGAUAGAAAGGAGGAGUAAAUUUAGUGAGAACUAAUUAGAAUUGUGAGAAGUGGUCUUUCGAUGGUUUUAAAGGAAAAAAGACAAAAUGAAAGUUACUAGAUGAUUAUUGCCUUAGUCUGUCUGUGCAGUCUAUUUAGUUUCACCUUUAUGAUGUACAUGCUUGUGUGUACAUCUAAAAAGUCUGCUGUAUGACCUUACUAGCAUGAUGGGUUUUUGCAUAGUAUAUCUAUACAUCAGCAAGCAUACAGCAGACACUUUCAAAUAAAAUCUGUCCUCAGAUAAUGAGUGUAUGGAACAAGACCUUUCAUUCUCCAGUCUACAUCUUAGAAAAUGCCCAGGUAGCUGCUCCAGUCAGCAAAGGCAAAAGUAAAAAAUAAUUACUUUUCCUGGAAUAUGAGUUUUCAAGCUGUACUUAAUAAAUGGCUCUGUACGUUUUUGCACAAAUGUCUUAUGCCUUGAGCCUAAUAAAUAAGAUAGUGUCUAAUAAAUGUAAUCAAGAGUUUGCAUUACAUAGUGUGGUUGACUAGCUUUAACAACAACAUAGCAACUAAAAGUACUGGUGCUAAUGAAAAACCUAAUGGAUCUGGUUUUGAGUUUUUAAUUUCAUAAUUCAAAAAUUACAAUGGGAUUUGAAGCAUGUGAACACUCACUGUCUGCUCUUAUGUCCAGCAUUCCUGUCUGGAAUCUGAGUUCUUUCCCAUGACAAUAAAAGACAUCCCUGUUCUGAAAGAAGCCCUGUUUCUACCUUUUCUACUAAUGAUGUUGGCUUGUGCCAACUUUCCAUUUCAACAUUUUAUAAAUUGGAAUUCUUAAGAAAGGAUGGCAUGUGACUGCUAGAAGCAAAUUUUCUUAGAACUAACAAUUUGGUUUUUUUCAUCUUAAAUAGUUUUCACUGCUUUUGUCUAAAUGUCACAGAUUUUUCUUGACUUUGGUUUAAUUGAAAAUUAUCUUUUCCUAUGUUUCCCCUCUGUUAAUGUUUCUCCUGAUAUCUGCAACAGUGUGAAAGCUGUAUUCCACUCCUAUUUAUGGAAAUGUUACUUAUGUUUAAAUGUUUUCUUCCUCAGUUCUUGGCUUACUUGGAUGCAGAGUGACACGCCUUAAAAACGGAUGCUUGGUGAUUUUUCCUGUAAUUCAAAAGGUCAAACAUACUCUUGGCACACUUCCAUUGUAUUCAGCAAUGCUGUGAUUGUUCUGCAGAGAAAUUGGCUACAGUGAUCUUCACUUUAUUGAGCUCAUCUUUAUGAUGAUGCUUCUGAAAAUCUUGGUGAGCUUAGAGUACUGCUUGUCUCAGUCCUGAGUAUUACCUCUGGCAGAUUGGAUCAAGCUAAAGCAGCUAAAACAAGUGUGCCAUAUCAUUUUUAACGAUGACAAUAAAUACAGUACAAGCUUGCUGUUAAGGGAUCAAUUAAGUAAAACUGAAAGAGCUUGAAUUUGUAGAAAUUCUUGUAUAGUUUUUUAUGUAUUAAUGAGUAAAUUAAUGUUUGCAGAGGAUCUGGGUGCCAGAUACUUGAGAGGGGAACAAGAAACAAGCAAUCAAGAAAACACAGGUUUUCAGAGCAUUUUGAUUCAAUUUUACACAUUCCUUUAUUAAAACUAUGUAUUUCUUACUGAUAUGCUAUACUUUCUUAAUAAUAUUUGAGUUUCAAACUCUGCUUGAAAACAUCUCUUUUACAUGGGUUGUAAAGUAAUGUACAUUAAGCAUGCGUAUGCUGCAUAAAGAUUCUUGCUUGCCUUUGCUUGUUUUUAUGUUGAUUCCAGAUUUUUAUAUUGAAGUAAGAGUAGGAGAAACAGUUUUUUCAGAACUGAAGUCGUGGAGAAGAAAUGCUCAGGAAGAUUUCUGACUGCAUGCAUGGAGCCUGGAGAAGAUUCGCCGGUAUAUACUGGCUGCUUCUUCGUCCGCAGGACCCCUUCCAGGCACAUAGCCGCUCGGGAGGAACGAAAAGCGCGCAUGGCGGGCGCAGCCGGAGGCUCACGGCUGCAGCACCGCGACGGGGCGCAGCGGGCCCAUCCGACCUGGGGGACGGCACAUCCGGCCUGAGGGAGGGCACUUCCGGCGUGAGAGGAAGUGGGUGUGCGUGUGCCCGCCGCGCUGCAGCUGUGCCCGCCCGCCGGCAGCGGAGCUUUGGUCCAGAUGUGGCAGAGCGGCGUCGCGGCCAUGGACGACGAGCCCGAGAGGACUAAGCGCUGGGAAGGAGGCUACGAGAGGACGUGGGAAGUACUGAAGGAAGAUGAAUCCGGAUCGCUGAAAGCAACCAUCGAGGACAUCCUCUUCAAGGCGAAGAGGAAGAGAAUCUACGAGCACCAUGGACAAGUCCGGCUGGGAAUGAUGCGUCACCUUUAUGUGGUUGUUGAUGGAUCAAGAACUAUGGAGGACCAAGAUUUAAAACCGAACAGACUUACUUGCACUUUGAAGUUACUGGAAUAUUUUGUUGAAGAGUACUUUGACCAAAAUCCUAUUAGUCAGAUGGGCUUAAUUGUAACCAAGAGUAAAAGAGCUGAGAAGAUGACAGAGCUUUCAGGUAACCCAAAAAAGCACAUAGCUGCUCUGAAGAAAGCAGUGGAUAUGAACUGCCAGGGAGAGCCAUCUCUGUAUAAUUCUCUAAAUUUGGCCAUGCAGACUUUAAAGCAUAUGCCAGGACAUACAAGCAGAGAGGUUUUAAUAGUCUUCAGUAGUCUUACAACAUGCGAUCCCGCCAACAUCUAUGAGCUAAUCAAGUGUUUGAAAGCAGUUAAGAUCAGAGUGUCUGUCAUUGGUCUAAGUGCUGAAGUUCGAGUCUGUACAGUACUGACCCGAGAAACUGGAGGAACAUACCACGUUAUUUUAGAUGAAAGUCAUUAUAAGGAACUGCUGAUGCAUCAUGUUAGUCCUCCACCUGCCAGUUCAAGUUCGGAGUGCUCCCUUAUUCGAAUGGGUUUUCCUCAGCACACCAUUGCUUCCCUUUCUGACCAAGAUGCAAAGCCAUCCUUCAGCAUGGCACAACUGGAAAACAACAGUGAGCCAUGUCUUACAUUGGAUGGGUAUUUCUGUCCUCAGUGCAGAGCCAAAUACUGUGAACUUCCUGUGGAAUGCAAGAUCUGUGGGAAACUAAACAAAGAGUUGAGGUGGAAUAAAAGCAUAAUGAGAGGAAGGAGGGGAAAGAGGAAACUCUCGUUACUGGUCACAGAGGAGGAGAAGCAGGAUUUGCAACAGUAACCUCUACUGAAGACUCUACUGAAGGCUACAUUCUUCAGUACUUCUGAAGUUGAGUUAAUUCUUCUAAUUAGAAUUCUGGGCAAAAUAAAGGAGUUAUAUGUUUAUUACCUGUCUCUUAUAGUAAUAUUGGUAUCUU